AUGAGAAAGACGAUGGUGAUUUCGGAUCUUCCACACGAAAUAGAAUCGGAAAUACUCUCUAGGGUUCCGACCAAGUCUCUAGCAAAGUUGCAUACUACAUGCAAACGAUGGUACGCUUUAUUCAGAGAUCCGAGAUUCGUGAAGAAGAACUUUGGUAAAUCAGAAAGGAGGUUGAUGUUACAUAGUAAUUUCGGCGUUUAUAAAAUUACCGACGAUCUCCAUGGAAUUCUCAACAGCGGUGAUCCAUCUCUCGAGUUUACAAGUAAACUUAGCAACCUAAAGAUAUCAGAAGAUUUGACAAUAACCAAAAUCUUUCACUGUGACGGUUUAAUAUUAUGCUCCACUAAGGAAAACACUAGACUCGUUGUUUGGAACCCAUGUACCGGUCAAACCAGGUGGAUCAAACCCAGCAAACGUUACCGUAGUGAUGAUUCGUAUUGUCUUGGAUACGUAAACAGCAAGUCUUCUUACCACAACUACAAAAUCUUGAGGUAUUGCUUUUAUUACAACGACCAGGAUGCUUGUGUUAGUGAAUUUGAGAUCUAUGACUUUAGCUCUGAAUCAUGGAGGGUUCUUGAUGACUACUGCACUCGUGAAUGGGGCUUAUUCUGCCAUGGCAUGUCUUUGAAAGGAAAUACUUACUUUGUUGCUGGAGAAAAAGAAACAGGCUUUUUCAUGCUGUACUUUGAUUUCAAGACAGAGAGAUUUGAGCGUCUCCCUCUUCCGUAUCAGAGUUUUGAUUCUGAAGAUACCGCUGUUUUAUCAAUUGUUGGGGGAGAAAAACUUGCGGUGUUACAUCAAAAUAUUCAAUCGUUUUCAAAUGAGAUGAGGAUAUGGGUCACCAAUAAGAUUGAUGAGGCCAAAGACUUGACAUGGAGCAACUUCUUCUUAGCAGUGGAUUAUGAUAUAUUUAACUUACCAAGUGUGAAUAAUGUGACAAGCUUCUUGUUGGACGAGGAGAAUAAAGUGGCAGUGUGUUGUGAUAGACACAUAGAUGAUGAAGAUAAGACCAGAAUCUACAUUGUUGGAGUUGAUCUUUAUAAAGAAGUUUAUAAAGAGAGGACAAAGGGAGCUCAUUUCAAUUGGCCACUUCUCAUCAGUUAUCUUCCAAGCUUGGUUCAUAUUCAGGAAAAAUACCCAAAAGACAAAAGAAAAGGAAACAAGAGGAGGUUAGUUAAACGAAUUACUUAA